GACUGCAUAAGCAGCCAGGUCAUUUGCAUUUUACAGGGGGAGCUUGAAAGGAAGCUAGGGAAUGCAGCACAUACUGGUGGGGAGAAUGAAAGAGACAGAGCUAUGCACAGACUUCUCCAGGCAUCAACACAAGAGGAACCCAAUCAUGUAACCCCUGACUCUGCAGACCUCUAUGCUGCUCUUGUGUCUAUCAUGGACCAUGGUACGUGAGUUUGAUCUACUAACCUAUAUAAUGCAGUGUGUGAUCUGAGGCUAUCUGGAGGAUCUGCAUCAUGACUGCAGCAGAUAUUCUGUGGGAGGAAGAAAAUAAGCACAGAUCUGAAUCGACUGUACUUUCAGCAGAAGCAUUGGGGUAUGUCAUGGGGGGGCGAGAGGGGAGGAGGUGAUCUGGCACUGGCUGGUGGGAAAACUGGCUAGUGUAUUUGCAUUAAGUGGGCAGUAUGCUUGAGAUUGGCAUAGGGCAAGUGGUGAAGGGUUCUGGAUGGCUUGCCCGUACUGAGGACAAGCACUGGCAACGGUUAUAUUUAAAGGAGGUGGAUACAAAUGAUUUGCAGCUCUUUGGAAGCAUAGUGAUAUGGGAUGCGUGCUUAGAAUUUGGAGGUGAGGGGUGCACUUUACAAUUUGGAAUGUGGGGAGUGCUUGCAUUCUAAGGUCUAGAACACAGCUGGGCAGAUUCGGGAGGUGGGGGCAGUGGAGGUGAGCAUCAGAAUUUAAGUGGUAAGGGUGAGUUGUGUUUGGAUUAGUGGGAAACUGAUAUAGAAAGAUGGGGUGAGCUUUGACACAGAGUGGUGAGUGAUCACAAUGGGGGGGGGGGGGGAGUGGGCUCUGACAUUUAGAGGUGGUACUUCCAUACAUGCAAGGGGAGUAACGGUGACAUUGUAGUUCAGGACAUACCUCUGCAUCUUUUGGGCUGAGACCCUCUGUAUGUUAUGGAUAGAGAUGAGUGACACCUGGUUAGCUAGAGUACUCUCUGGCCUGCACUCUAUGCACGUGCCCCGGGCUUUGUGUAUACACGUGAAGCAGCCUCUGCACCCCCACAUGUGCCAGCAUGCUGUCCACAUCACAUGUUGGAGGUGAUCAUGGCUAAUAGAUCAUGACUGAAGAGAGCUGCUUCUAUGGCAUGCCGUCUGCAUUGCGUCUCAGUGUUAAAUCCCAUAGACAGCCGCUGCUGUACAGAGUACCCCCUCCUCAGCAUUUUUUUUUAAAAGAGCCUUUAGAUGUUAUGUUUUGAAUGGCUGGACUGGUGAUGCCCAGAGAGGAUCGGCUUCUGUCUGCACCAAGCAGGAGCUCUCAGGUUUCUGCUGAUACUGCAACGUCAAUAAAUGGUGAGAGUUUGCCGCUCAUCUCGAUGCAUUUAGACUUCCCAAUGCCAUACUCAUUACUGCUAUAGAGGGGGGAGGGGUGUGUUCUGCUCCUGUGAUGCAGCUGGUCUGCAGUUCCCUGGAAUUGGGCUCAUGUAUAUCUCCACUUUCUGUAUUUUCACUGGUGAAGCAUCACAAGAAAAGGAUUAAACCGAUUUAUUUUUUGGAGGAUUCCAUGGACCCUAAUGUGGCAAGCAACUGAUUAACUAGAAUUGCUUCCAAUGCAGCGUUUUACCCCCAUGGUGUAUGCGUUAUGAAUAUUUCAACAGGACGUGUAUUUACUGUGCUGUAAACCGAUUUAUAUAUUAAAGGGUCGCAGGAGGGAGUUCUGCAUGCACCUUCCCCAGGCUGCAAGGCUUCAAGUAUUCCCAGCCUGCUAUUUCCUCGCAUCUUGCAGCACCCAGGCAAGGUAAGGAUUGCACUGGCAUUGCCCCCCUCCCUUUCCUCUGCAUCUCAUGCACUGCAGCAAAGUGAUUUGUCUGGUGUGUUUUUGUACUGAACUUAACUAAAGUACAUUUUGUUGGAAUGUUCUGCUAUGUUUAAUCUAUAGAAAACUUGAUACUGAGUAAGCACCUUUAAAAAAAAGUGUAUGCCAUGCAGGUUGAGUGAUCUUAUGAAGAUAAGGUGUUAUUUUUAUUUUUUUUAUUCCUUUUCUUGUACUUUUUUUUUUAUAUCCCUGCAGCAUACAUCUACUGCACUGGCGUGA